GCUGACCAGACAUAGACCCAAGAUGACAGCACUGGCUCUACGUCUUCUGGUGGCCAUCAGCGCCUUUUCCUGCAUAUCAGGCAUACGCAUCAAGAGCAACUCCAGCACCGCCUUCAAGGAUCAGCGCAUUGUUGGAGGGGAGGCAGCCCCGGAAGGAUUUGCCCCCUACCAGAUCUCCCUCCAGAGUCUAUCCGGUGCCCACUCCUGCGGUGGUGCGAUCAUUGCCGAACAGUGGGUCCUGACCGCCGCUCACUGUGUCCAGGGCGCAAAUGUACAGCUGAUGGUGGUCGUCUCCGGUACCAAUCAGUACAAUAUCAGGGAAAAUCGUCACUUUGUCCGGGCCGUACACAUCCACUGCAACUACGACAACCCGUCGAUGCACAACGACAUCGCUUUGCUGCAGCUGAACGACUCCAUUGUGUGGAACGAACGGACACAGCCGAUUCCUCUGCCUGUGGCCCCCAUGCAGCCGGGAGCCGAAGUGGUUCUCACUGGCUGGGGCUCCACCAUAUUGUGGGGCAACAGUCCCAUUGAUCUGCAGAUCCUCUAUCUCCAGUAUGUGCCUCAUCGCGAGUGCCUAGAGGCUCUGAGCAACGACGCCGACUGCGAUGUGGGUCAUAUCUGCACCUUCUCGCGGCAGGGCGAGGGCGCCUGCCAUGGAGACUCGGGCGGCCCUCUGGUCAGCGAUGGCUAUCUGGUGGGACUCGUCAAUUGGGGCUGGCCUUGUGCCACCGGCGUUCCGGAUGUCCAUGCCAAUGUGUUAUUCUACAGCGAUUGGAUACGCACUGUCAUGAGCGGGAAUACGAAGUGUGGAGGCUACGCCACCACAGAGCGCUAGAGGACGUGGCUAUCGUGACAAUAAAAUAAAACGAAAACGAUAAAAACCUCUUCGAUAAGACAAGCCUCUUAAUAAAGCAUUUAUAGUGAUGAAAGUA